AUGCACUCCGCUGAAAGUUCGUCGAUGGGCCCGCCACUUUACAGUUUCGCCUUCGUGCUCUGUCUGCUGUCCACCGUGGUUCUGUCAUCUGACAGAUGUACCAGCGUGUGCGAGGAGUGCUUACCUCCGCCGGUGGACUGUCUCGGCCAAAGACAGAUCACUGACGGUUGCGAUUGCUGCGUCGUUUGCGCUGGCCAAGCAGAGCAGUACUGCGAUAACACCACGCUUCCUUGUGAUGCCGAGUUCGAUCUAAUCUGCGAAGAACAUGUCUGUAAAGGUGCGUAUGAUCUGCAAGUAACGUGGGAAUCGCCGGGGUCGUUGGCCGUUCAAUGGAGUCCGUUUCUUCCAGCGUCAUCCAAUUAUCGCUAUGCGCUGUUUUACAUUACUGUUGAGUUCAACCCCAUCCUCGAAGAAUGGUCUGCUAGAGAUGUUGGCGUAAAUCCUGAAUUUGUUCUUGAUGACGUCCAAGCGAACACCGAUUAUUUCAUCCAAGUGGUUUCCAUGACAAUCGAUAUGCACCAUAUACUAACCAAGUCCGAAGUGCUCGUACACAAGACACACCCACGUGCGUGCUUAGUCGAUGGAAUAUCACGUCGACACGGUGAACAUUACUUCCACGAAUGUAAUGCGACGUGUUUCUGCUACAAUGGAGUGGAGAUGUGUACACCACGGUGCCAGAGUCCAGGCGAAAUGUCUCCCGGCCCAACGUGUCCCGAACCCAUAUUAGCGCCGCCGCCGAUCGGAGAGUGCUGCCCGCAAUGGACCUGCCCCCCACCUCCUGGUUAUGGAUCGUGUGAAGUUAAUGGCAAUGUCUACGAAAAUGGUGAAAGGUUUGUCGUUGAUUGCACGGCAUAUUGCAAAUGCGAUUCUGGCUCUAUUGCCUGUGUGUCUAUGUGUCCGCCUACUCUCGUGGCACCCUCCGCAGAUUGUCCCUUUCCAAGACUUGUAGAUGUCCAUGGCGAGUGUUGCCAGCAGUGGGAAUGCGGUCCACCGCCACCUUCAUUGGGUUGCUUGGUGGAAGAGACCUACGUACAUGAUGGUGAUUGGGUGGAUCUGGACUGUGACUCUCGGUGUCAGUGUCUCAAUGGGUUUCUGACUUGCGUUCCAAUGUGCCCUUUGCCAUUAGCCCCGGACGUCACUCAGCCAAGUCCGCUGUGUCCCGAACCGUUCAUCGGGAAACUCAAGCAAGAUGACUGCUGUGAGGUGUAUGUUUGUCAUCACCCCCAACAAGUAAGUCCUAAUGCUGCACACGAUGUCUUACCGGAAGCCGCUGGGCCGUCGACGAUUAUUAUUGGUCUCAGCCCGCCAACCAAUCCAAAUGUUCUUGCCAUUAUGAGGGGUUAUGAUAUUUAUUACACAAGCAAUCAGAACGCCACUGAACUAUCCCAGUGGAAUACGAAAUUCGUGCAGGUGACUCGCUCAAUUCCGUCCAAUGAACGCUACAAACGAGAUGGUGUAAUACAAAGUCAGUUUUUCGUAGAAAUAGAAGACUUGGUACCAAAUACAGUAUAUUUUAUUAAAUUAAAAGUCAAUAUUCCGCCUGAAGACGAGGGUUAUUGGCCAAAUAACUUGCCUUUUUCCGAAACCAUGGUGACGAAGACGGGUAACGCAUCAGGUGGCCCUUGUCGAUUCAAAGAUCAACUGAUACAAAAUGGCGAUACCAUUCAAGAUAGGUGUGUCCGGUCGUGUCGAUGUAAUUUGGGUGUGCUUCUGUGCCAGCCCCUCUGCCAGAAUCACCCUUUGGUCCCUUCAGACGAAUGCCCAGUGCCUAAAUUGGUGACUAUCGAAGGACAGUGCUGUCAGGAAUGGCGGUGUAACGCCAAUGAGGGAGACUGUCGCCAUCAGAACAGAACGUACCGUGCCGGAGAAGAGUGGAGGGCAAGUUGCGAUGUGCGCUGUUUCUGCCGUGAGGGCGCUGUGUUAUGUCAAAAUCUGUGCCCCACAUACAGUGAUGGCGCUCCAGCCGGAUGCCCUGGCGCUACAUUGGUGGAUGUGCCCGAGACUUGUUGUCAACAGUGGGUCUGUCACAAAGGUGUAACGCCCACACCGCGCGCGUUCCCGCACGUCCUACCUCCAUUUUCACUACUAGAAGUUAACAUAAGCGCAUUUGACGUCACAGCUACCAUGGCAGUGAUUAGAUGGUCGCCUCUGUCGGACACACAGAAAAAAUACAUAACAGGAUUUAUAGUGAAGAGCAAGGACUUGUUACUUUCUGGUGACUGGAGGGAAUCAGAGAAAAUUCACCCAGCGACCAGGAAUUACACGUUGGUCGGCCUGAGUCCGGGGAGAACAUAUCUUGCACAAAUAGUAGUGUUAGUAGAGGAAUCUACCCUUAAUGUUCACUUAGACACGAACCUUAUUACUAUUCAUACGACCAGCAUCGAAGAAUCCACAACAGCUCUACCUUAUCGGAUGACGGUUGUCAUAGAAACAGAAGUGAUAACGGAUAGCUCAGUGACGGUUUCAUGGGAUCCUCUACCAAGCGCGAUAACUAGUCAACUACGAUCUUUCAACAUCGUGUACAACGCCACCGACGACAAGGUUUCAAAAUUACAAGUUUCACAUGUUGCGAAUAGCGUUGAAAUAACGGGCCUCGGAAGCGACUAUAGAUAUUCCAUUAUGUUGAUAGGGAUGUGGGCGAACGGAACUGUACUUCGAGAAAUUAAAUCUAACGUUGUGUGUGUUGAGACGAAAUCUUUAGCAGAUUCUAAGUCGACCCAUAGAAAAAAUAUGUACGUCAUCGUAGGUGUCGUCACGGCAACCUUGGUUGCCAUACUGACUGUCGCAGCAGUCUGCUACCUGUACGUUUCGAAAAGAAAGAAGUCUAAAGAAGUUUACCGGGACGAAAGUACUGUUGCCUUUGAAAACAUAACCUACGACACUGCGGCGACAGAGCAAUCCAAUCAAGAUCGCACCAAUAUUAUUAUAAACAACGGAAAGAACGUUUAUUAGUUAACGUCAUCACCCAGUUACCCGGACCAAGUUGAAAUUGACAAAUUAUUUUUGUUAUGUGUUCAUUUAUUCUUGUCUCCAGUACGACAUAUGAUGUUGAUUGCCGAUGUCACAUGAUAGACAGUAAGAUCAAGAGUAUUUUUUGACGAAAUGUCUUAGAAAACGGCUGUAAGGUUUUUGACGAUAAGAGUUUUCCGUGACGUCACUACACAGUUUGGUUUUGAAUUGAUGACAUUUAUACGCAUGGAUAAUUAUUGUGAUAUUGUGAUUACGUAAUAAUAUUUGAUCAAAUCCGAAUGGAUUUGAUGCGGUUUUCCGUCUCCUGUGAAUACAAGGGGCAAGUUUAUGUUGCUUGCCGUCGACAAACACUGUCCGUAUUCGAUUUCUGUUUCGGAGGCAGAGACCACAAGAGUUGUCAGGGUUACUGGAAUAUAUAAGAGAUUCAAUAGAAUUUGUUUGAGACUAUCAGGUUUUGCUAAUCGGCCUACUACAUAUAUAUCCAUAUAUAUUCACGUAAUUAUUUAUUAAUUUCUAAAGCUCUCAUUAUACUCUAGUUCAUAAUCAAGGCAGCUCGUACUUGAUGAGUGGAAAUACACAAGAUUACUUGUUUAAUGUUUUAAUUGUAUGCCGUGUACUGUAGAUUAUUGCACAUUAGAGAAAGUGACCAAAUACCCUAAA